AUGAAUUUUUAUGAUAUUUACACCACAUUAAAUAUAAAUCCAGAUUCGCAGCAUUCUCUAGAAACCAUUUGCGAAUAUUGCAAGUGUUUAAAUCAGUUAGAAUCCCUUAAACAAGCUUUAUGGAAAAAACCAAGUCGCGUUCAAAUGCCAGGAGCCUUUCCUUUUGAUGAGGAAACAGGUAAAAUAUAUGAUGCUUUGUGGAAAGCUGCACAAGCCGAAAAUUAUUCAACAAUUGGUAAAGUCGGUCGAUGGAUGAUGAAGUUGAUUUGCCCUCCAGCAGAUGAUGAAGGUAUGGGUAGAUUCCAUGCAAAAUAUCACGAAGCUCCAGAAGACGAAACUCGUCCAGCACCAAAACCUCAAACAUCAACAUCAAAUUAUACACCAAGCGCUCCUUCCACUACAAAUACAGAAUCUGUUACUCAGCAACCAGAGCCAGAACCUUCUAACGAAGGAGAGUGGCAGAUUGAGGAAUCUCCAGCUCGCGAAGAAGUUCUUUCUAGGAAUAACACUGAGUCUGUCUCACGUCGUGCAGCAAGCAAGAAAGAUGAUUAA